CUUGCCAUGGCGGAGGGAGGAAGAGGAGGAGGAGGAGGAGGCCAGGAGGAAGCCACGCGCCGCGAGACGUGGAGACCUGCUCCCUCCUCCCCAUCCACUUCUCUUCUCUCUCAUCCCCUGUCUGUGUAGAUCGAGUUGAGCUGUUUGCCUCUCUCUCUAAAGCAGCGUCGCCUGAGCAGGGGAGGAGUGGAGGAAGAAGUUGAAUACCUGAUAUGGAUGAAUCCAUGGGAAGGCGUACAGUUGGUGGUCUACUAUUGACCAAAGGGGGUUCAAUCCUUGUAUACAGGGAAGACAGCCCGCGCCACAAAGCGACUACUUGCUGUACGCGCCUUGGCUGUAGCAGCAAGCUUUUUCGUGACAAAGACAAGAGAAUGCGCAGGCCAACCAAGGAAGCAGCGACUCAGGAAUCACAACUUGUCAUUGGAUCCAACAGUUUGUCACCUCAAGCAAGAAUGGCUUAUGGCAGUAGCACCAGCAGGAAUGCAGCAGGCAACUGUAGCAGAACUGGCAACAGGCCUAGAAGAGAAACUGCUAGCAAGGAUCUACUUGCUCGUCUGAAAGAAAGGGUCAAUGCAUCGAAGAAGCGCUCGUUGAGUGAAGGGAGUAGCCCAUCAUCACCAAACAAAUCCAGUGCAGGUUCCUUGAGUAGUAGUAGUAGAUCAAUUUCAAGACCAUUGCAUCGGUCAGCUGCCAAGGCUAGGAAGGAUGGAGGCAGGAAUGGAAGCAUUGCCAGAACACGUAGUGGUAGUAAUGGAAAUUCUGCAGGAGAUGGGCAUACAAAGGUUGAUUGGCAAGGACCUGCAGGUGGAUUUAUUUCUGGAAACUUGUUCAGACAUAGAAGUAGACAUCAAGGAGAACCAGUACCUUAUUCAGAGGACAGUUUAAAUGACAGUGAAUACUGGCGAUACGGUUUGGAUGAAAGUGAUGAGGAUGCAUCCAGUGAUCGGCAUAGAGGAAUGAGAAUGGACAUCGAUGACAUGUCUUAUGAGGAAUUGCUUGCUCUAGGGGAAACAAUUGGUACAGUAAGCACUGGUCUUUCAGAUGAUGAGCUGUCAAAGUGUCUUAAAAGAAUCCUCUAUGUGCCCUCAGCUUCAACAAGUUAUGAAGAUGGAGAUAUCAAAUGCAUCAUAUGCCAGGAGGAAUAUUUACCUGCUGAGGAGGUGGCCGAGAUGGCAUGCGAGCAUUACUAUCAUAUCACCUGCAUCCAACAAUGGCUUCGACAAAAGAAUUGGUGCCCAAUCUGCAAAUCCGUCGGUUGUUCUAUGAAACCUUAGUGGGCUAGACAGAACGAAAUGCAGAUUUAUUUUGUUUACAUAGAUUUCAUGGUAUUCUUUAUUUAGAUUUUGAACUGUUUGUUUAAAUGUCCAGAAGUGUUCUUGCUCUCGCUCCACGCUACAGUGUAGUCAGGGCAAACAAAAUUAGCAGGAUCCAGGAAAUAAGUCCAGUAGAUAAAAUUUUGUUAUCGAACACAUGGCCCCUUUUAUACAACAAUUUAAGUCCAAACUGUUUUUCAUUGAUAUGACAACAUCUGGUGGAAAUGGAUUUUUACAAGUCUGGUAAGUUGCUUUGCACUCUUCAAAUAUCAG